ACUUACACUUACGCUAGGCUAGUUUCAUUGCAAAUAACAUAUACAAAUGAGAGACAUUAGAUAUGUAUAUCUUUGAACUUAUGUCUUCAAGUAUGAUAUUUGGAAUGAUUUUGAUAUUUAUCAGCAUUCAAAAUUUCUAUGCUUACGCGCGGGUUAUUUACUUUAAUAUAAAUUGAGUUUAAUCGAAAUUCAACAAACUCCAAUGUCUGUACGUAUUACGUUAGAUAAUUUUUAAAAUUAUAGGAAAUCAGAUUGAAGAAAAAUUAAAAUAAAGUAUGAUUUGUUUACUUAAGGACACAACGUUUUUUCAGAGGCUUGCGUAAAAGAGAAAUAUGCGAUCGUAUCGUUUAAAAAUACAUUGUACUCUAGCGUCCUUUUGAAUUUUCAAUUUAUGAUCCUAAGAAUUGAGAAAUUAUAGUAGGAAAAUUCAAUCUAAAAUUGAGAAUGUUCUACCGAUGUGCCAUCUAGCGUAGGAUAGAUAUGUAUAAAUAAUUUUCCACUUACGCGAGUCGGACGGUCUUUCUAUCGAACGUAUUUCAUUGAUAGAUUAUUAGAGCCUAAUGGCUCGAUAUUCCUGCGAUUUUUAAUCGACUCUUUUUAUAAGAAAUUAAAAAGGGAUGAAACGUUUCUUGUACAAAUAGAAGAGAAGAAAAUGAAAAGAUGUAAUGGUCUCGCAGCGCCCUGGCAUCAACCAAUCGGAAUGUUUUUUGAGGAUUUAAAUUUUGAUGACGUAAUAAAGAAAUAACCGGUAGAAAGUAAAUGAAACAGUUUGUAUUUGAAAAUCCAAAAUAUGGACACUAAAUGGUAUUUAGGAUUAAUCACAAUGUACCAUUUCAUGUAAUAAUUUAUACUGACGUAAAUAUUCAUUUGUAAUUGUAUUUUGUUUAUACCGUACUUUGAUUUUUCUUUUUCAUCGAGGAAACAAAGAGAAAAUUGACAUUUCUUUGAUGCUACAGGAGGAACAUUGACAAGUGCGCGUAUGAUGGUGUUUCUAAGUGAACAAAAGCAGAUUAUUCUAUUAUUUCUUUUUGUUUGGUCUUCUUCCAGAAAUAUUGUUAAUUUAUUACUUUCGUGAGAACAAUCGAUUGGAAAUCACUUGAAAAUAUUCUUGCAAAGUUUUAAAUAAUGGAAGAUCAUUCUACUAGAUCAAGUUUUGGUGCUGGUGGAUUGCACGUACGUCCUAAGUUUCAACCGGUUCGUGUGAAAGCUUUAUUGCAUUUUUGUGAAAGUGACGAUGAAGAAAAUGAAGAAAAUACAAUUAAUUCAGGAAAUGAAACUGACUAUGAUGUUCAAGCAUUACCUUUAAAUGAUUCUGUUCAGGAUGUACGUUGCAACGACGAAUCGUUGCAACAUAUAUCACAUUCUGGAUGUAUCGAUGGAAAAUCGAAAGAAGUACAUGCUGGUGUUUCUUCGAACUCUUCUUUCAAAGAAUAUUUACAAAGCAAUGAUGAUAGUGAAGCUAAUAGUGAUGUUAGGUUGUCGGUGGAAAUGGAUACUGUUGUGUACGAUAAUGUUAACAGGACCGAUGAGGGAGAACAAGAAAAGAGUCGCAAAGUGAUGUCUCGUGAAAAUACUUGCGUACAGAAUAUUAAAAACAGCGAUCUCUUGGAUGCGAUACAGCAUGGAAAUUCUUUAUUUCACGAUACGAUGAAAGAUGAAAGAAAUUCUAAUUUAGGAUUGAAAUCGUAUCAAGACAACGUGUUAGGCAUGAAAGUACAUGAAAAUACUCCAUCAAAUAUCUAUGCUGAACGUAUGGAACAGAAACAAGGAAAUCUGAUUAUGGAAGAAAAUAUACAUAGAGAAAAAUUUGAUCAUAAAAAUGAAAAUAAACCUUAUAGGGAUACAGAAAGCGGUAUUGGACAUAUUGCCUUUAUACUUGCCAAUGACAAAAAUACAUUGCGAGAUAUAAACUGUGUAGUUACAAAUUCAUCAAAACCAAAAUCUCCUACGGACGAGAAGUAUUUAAACUCAGAAAAUCUUCUUUGUUCAGAGACCCCGUCUAUUUCUGAUACUAGAUCAUCCAUUUAUUCUGUUUCAACAGCUACCCCUUUAAAACACACAAAUCUCCAUUCAGUAGGAUCCAUUUUACAAAACAAAUUACAAAGUGACAUUCUAACAAAUGCAGCUCAAACUCCAUCAACAAUCCUUUCGACAUGGUCGCAGAAUAGUGCAAGACAAAUGCCACACCACAGUAGAGGUCUAUCUGUCGUUGAAUCUACGCCUACUCCUGCCAAUUCAAUUCUUAUGCAAGGAAUAAGAAAGAAGGAUGAUACACCUAGAUAUUUUUAUCAACGAGAAAAACGUAUGAGACAACCCCUAGGAAUUACUAUGUGUUCCGAUCAAUCUGAUUCUGUUAAUAACUUAUCUGUCUUCUCGACAGAACCUAAAGUCCGAACAUUACACAAUAAGCAACUGUCCAGAGUAGAAGAAACUGAAACUGAUAGUAAUAUAUUUGAUGCACCGUGCGAAGAGGAAAAAUCAAGCAGAAAUUCUAUAAUUAAAGAAAAUAUGGAGCAAUUAGAGAAUAAAUUUAUGCAGUCAGAUGUUGGUUCUGCCGAAUCAUUGGAAUCUGGUCAAAAUCAUAAAUUAAUGGACAUAGGAAAAAAUGAUGAGAGGAUAAAGAAUGCGAUAGAAGACAUUGUUUCCGAUAAGCAUGCUACAUCCAUCUCUAAAGUGGAAUUAAUGAAUUCGGAAGAACAAAAUGUUAUUUCUACCGAGAGAAAAGUAGAAGAGAAUAUAAAAGAAGUUGUAGGUAAAAUAUCGAACGUGCAGGUUUCAAUACCAUCAAAUUCCUCCGAUUCAAUGGAAAGAUAUAAAAGGAUAAUGAUAAAAAAUAAAGAAUAUUUAAUUCUGGGUACUUUGGGACGUGGCAUGAGCGGAGAAGUCCUGCGAGUACAAGACUUGACAUCGUCCGAAUUACGAGCUAUCAAAUGCGUAAAUUUAAGCCGUAUGGAUAAGGAUUCGGCACAAGGAUGUUUAGAAGAAAUUUCUAUGUUACAUAAACUGCAGGCUUCGUGUAUAGUCAAGAUGUUUGAUUACGAGAUCAAAUACCCUUUAGUCUAUGUAGUAAUGGAGAUGGGUGAUACCGAUCUUAGUCGUUUACUGAAACUGACAUCGCAGGAGAAACAACUUCCAUUAACAAUGAUUCUUUACUAUUGGACAGAAAUGUUGACAGCUGUUAAACAUAUACACGACAAUGGAGUCAUACAUUCGGAUUUAAAACCAGCUAAUUUUUUAUUAGUACGCGGUCGUCUAAAAUUAAUAGAUUUUGGUAUUGCUUCUAAUAUGAAUGCGGAUAUGACCUCUGUUGUAAAGAAUUGUCCAAUUGGUACUUUAAAUUAUAUCAGUCCAGAAGCUGUAAUGGAUAUCGGUGGAAACGGAGAUUCUCCUAAUCACAAUGUUAAAUAUAAAAUAAGUUACAAAUCGGAUGUGUGGUCACUGGGAUGUAUUUUAUAUGGUCUUGUGUAUGGACAAACUCCAUUUCAUCACAUACGUCCUCAGUGGGCUAAGGUGAAUGCAAUAACGAAUCCGAAUCCAAAGAUAGCUUUUCCAACGUCUAUACUUUUGCUUGAUAAAACAGAAAAAUUCGAACCACCUCCCAUUUUAAUUGAUGUGAUGCGUAAAUGCCUCCAACACGAUCCUAAAGCUAGACCUACGGUGGCAGAACUUUUGCAGAUACAAUAUAUACCUGCCAGACAGGAUGUUAAAGCUACGUUAUCUGUUCCUCCUGAGAUUCCUCCAAAUAUUUUAAUAAAGAUAAAGCAUGCGUUAAACGAAGAAGAAUGGAGAAGACUGGUACAGGUGUUGGAAAAGAAAUCCUUAUGAGAAAAUAAUAGCAUUGAUGUUGUAUGCCAAUCAUCAUAACUCAUGUAUAUAGAAUAUAGUUGUUAUAUAUAUAUAUAUAUAGAGAGAGAGAGAGAGAGAGAGAGAGAGAGAGGGAGGGAGGGCGGGAGAGAGACAAAUAACAAAAUGAUAAAUAAUUCGCCUAGCGGCGUAAGACGAAUAUAUCAAUGAUGAAACGAUCAUUUAAAUAUAACGCGAUUAAAGAAGCGUCAAAAAGUGCCUGUGUGUAGUACGUACGUAAAUAUUUGGCAUUGAUAUAAAAUAGUUACGAUAGCAAACGAUAAAUCGAUCUGCAUCUAUGGUAUGUUCAUUAAAGAAAUAAUUAUAUAUCGCAAGAUUAAGGAGAAUACUAUUAAAAUAAAUAUCUUUUUAUUAUUUCA